UUUAUAGUGUAUUCCUGGCUUCACACAUACAUAUCUAAUAAAACGUUUAACGUCUGAAGCUCAGCGAAGUUGUAAAAACGGUGCUUAUCGUGCUCAUCCUGAGCUGAUGAUCUAGAACCAUCUAGAAUUGGUGGCUUAUAGCAGAAUUUCUACUAUCGAGAGAGAGAGAGAGAUUCGACCUUCUCAAAUCUCAACAGUCACAGAAAACUUUGCUGUUAGGUCAGACUACCCAUUUGCACUACGCAAAAAAUGUCUUUUGUAGAAGGGUAAUGGUACCUAAGAUCCAUCUUCCGUAAAAGCCCUCAAAAUUGAUGGCGCCAGUUGUAUUGGGGGGCUAGGCUGCUUCAGAGGCGCUGAUUGGACGCUGAUAGAGGGCCGGCAUGGAAUAGGCGGGGCUACACCUCAUGUGGCAGGAAAACAGGUUCGUGCCUGCUGUUCAACGGUACCAGUCUGCUUCUAGUAAUAAUCUUCUUAUCGUUAUUGGUGGCAACCUGUGAAAGUCAUUUUGGGUGACCGUGAUGGCGUGCAGGAAACUGAUCCCCUCUACCGCAACUGGCUUGGAUUUUAGAUGUCUGACUCGUGUGUUUUCCAGUGGGGAUGCCCGAUUAUAUUCUACAUCGGCAGAAGCAUCACCGAGAAAGAAGCCAGAGGUGGUGGAGACUGAAGAGAUGGGACGAGCGUGCUUGUGGAAGCCGGCCGUCGUGGACCAUGUCCCGGUAACUCAGCAACAGCCUAAAUACCCCGGUCCUGAAAAAGAGGCGAUGCCUUUCAUUGACUUUGAUAAUACGCGAGAGGUGUACAGGAGCAAAAUGACCCUAGAACUUAUUCGUAGCCUGGCAGUGUUUAAGUUGUGUUCCUUCGAGUUUCUGGUAAAGAGGAACAGAGAGCUGAUGAACUUAAGUAGAAAGCUUCUGGGGAAAAAGUUGUUUGAGAAGCUGAUGAAGAUCACCUUCUAUGGACAGUUUGUGGCUGGGGAAGACCAAGAAUCAAUCAAGCCUUUGAUCCAGAGAAACCAGACCUUUGGAGUGGGAUCCAUUUUAGAUUACAGUGUUGAAGAAGAUCUCUCACAGGAGGAGGCAGUAAAGAAAGAGAUGACGUCUUGUUUGGCUGAAGCUGAAAAAGAUGCUGUUGAUUCCAGUGCAAGAGACAAGAAGUUUAAGGUCCAUCAGCAGUUUGGAGACCGCAGGGGAGGGGUCAUCAGUGCCCGAACAUACUUUUAUGCAGAUGAAGCCAAAUGUGACAGUCAUAUGGAAACCUUUCUGAAGUGCAUAGAAGCAUCAGGUUAUAGUUCUACUGAUGGAUUUACAGCAAUUAAGCUCACUGCUCUAGGACGACCCCAGUUUUUGCUGCAGUUUUCUGAAGUUCUGGUUAAAUGGCGUAAAUUUUUCAGUCAUCUGGCUGCGGAUCAGGGAAAAGGAGGACUUGCUGCCAUGGAAACCAGACUAGAGUUGCAAAAACUACAGGAGAGCCUUGUUAAGCUUGGAGUAGCAACCAAAGAAGAGUCUGAGAACUGGUUUACUGGUGAGAAUCUUGGAGGCUCUGGGACUGUGGACCUCUUGAGUUGGAACAGUCUAAUUGAUAGCAGGACUAAAAUUUCCAAAUUACUACUUACUCCAGAUAUGCAGACUGGCCAGUUGGAGCCACUGCUGUCCUCCUUUACAGACGAAGAGGAAAUGCAAAUGAAAAGAAUGCUUCAAAGAAUGGAUGUUUUGGCAAAGAGAGCAGUAGAGAAGGGAGUCAGACUGAUGGUGGAUGCUGAACAAUCCUACUUCCAGCCAGCAAUCAGCAGGCUGACUUUGGAAAUGCAGAGAAGGUUCAACAUGAUGAAACCCAUUAUCUUCAACACCUAUCAGUGCUACCUCAAGGAUGCUUAUGACAAUGUAACAGUAGAUAUUGAGUUAUCUCGGCGUGAGGGUUGGCAUUUUGGUGCCAAGCUAGUUCGAGGUGCUUACAUGGACCAAGAGAGGACUAGGGCUGCUGAAAUUGGCUAUGAGGAUCCCAUCAAUCCAGCAUAUGAAGCUACCAAUGAAAUGUACCACAGGUGCCUUGAUUACAUUCUUGAGGAAAUCCACCAUAAUAAGAAGGCAAAUGUUAUGGUGGCAUCUCACAAUGAGAGUACUGUGAAAUUUGCUCUUAAAAGAAUGUUUGAGCUUGGAAUUCAUCCUCAAGACAAUAAAGUAUACUUUGGGCAAUUACUUGGCAUGUGUGACCAGAUCAGCUUCUCUUUAGGUCAAGCCGGUCAUCCUGUUUACAAAUAUGUACCAUAUGGACCUGUGGAAGAAGUCUUGCCAUAUUUGUCACGGAGAGCACAAGAGAACAGAGGCAUGCUACAGGGAGCCCAACGAGAGAGGCUGCUUCUGUGGAAAGAAUUAAAGCGGAGGAUUCUCUGUGGAGAAGUUUUCUACAAUUCUACAGUUACAAAAGCUUAGUUUGCUUCUCUAGGGCAGAUAGGAUAUAUCUGCUGUGACACUGAUUUUUCAAAGAUGGAUGUUAUUAAUGUCCAACUAGAGAUUUUGCACUUGAGGUCUAAGUUGAUAUAUAUAUAUAUACAUAUUUUUGUGUUAGAAAAUCUGUAAUGAACAAGAAAGGGGGAAUGGAAUUAUUCUGUUUUAGUUUGUGUAAUAAGUUAUUUUUGGAAGUGUUAUUGCAGUUUUAACUUUUAAUUUUUUGUUAAAUCAUAAAAAGGUUUGGUUGCAUUCAAAUCUGCUUUUGUUUAACACUGGAAUAUUUUCUGAUGUUUUCACUAGACCACUUGCUGCUAGUAAAGAGGAAAAAUGCUUUGACUACUACAGAGAUUUGUUAAUAUAAUUUUUAUAUAAUUUCCCAAAUUUUUGAUAAUGUAUAUACUUAAGCCUGAAGGUCUGAUGUUGAAGAUUCUCCUUCUUGGAAACUAAGACUGUUUUUCUUUACACCUGUCAGAAUUCAAUUUUUUUGGGGAAUACCUUUGCACAAGGAAGGGAGUGCAUCCAUGAAAGUACUUGACACGAUAUUACAUAUUGGCUACAUAUGCAAGAUGAUCAUUUGCACCUAUUAUUUCCUCUUUGCCACUCACGCAAUUCAGAUCUCCAUCCUUGCUGUCAUGGAUAAGAUGUUUCUUUAACAUAUAUUUGAUUGCCAAAAUGAGAAAGAUAUAUUUUGGCUUCCAUAGGUGUAUGCAUUAAAAUAGUAUCAGGAGGGUCCUUGUGGAUUCAGGGAAAACAUUCUUCCUCAUCAUUGCUAGGCUGAGACAUUGUUUUGGUACCAUAGGCUUUGCUUUAAGGGCUGGCUAAGGCUCUGCCCUUAUGGAUCUAAUUUCAUGAUGUUCUUUGUGUUUCACUGUUGCAGUCAUUACAUUUGGGUAAUCUGCUGGCAAGUUGC